AUGGUAAAGGCAUCCCAUGCCACCCAGAAUGCCCUCCAAAACUUGGAGUAUAUCUCAGCAAUUCUUCGAACCGACCAUACCAAGCAACGAGAGGCUGAUGUCCUGACCGAUGUCCUUGUGCAACAACAAUCGGAAAUCUUGUUCCUUGUGGAUGCGUGGCUGGAAUCACUCAAUUCAGCCGAUCGAGAAAAAUCAAUCCCUUGCCGUCUAACACAAAGGCCAGAAGGCCGCCGAGGAAUGACUAUAAGUGAAAAGAUAUUUGCGAUGCAUGAUCUAAAUCACAAAGGGUUUGUGGCUCCAGGCGACAUAAUUCGUGUCCAUGUUGACUGGAUACUUGCCUCUGAGGUGUCUUGGGCCGGAAUGGAAACAACAUACAAUCAUCUAGGAAAGCCUGGAAUAUUUCGAAAUGACCGCUUCUGGCUUUGUGGGGACCAUAUUGUUGAUCCUCGGGUUAACGAGCUACCUCAAGUGCAGGCGCUGAUCAGCGGAAGCGAGAGAGCGAAGAAAACUUUCAAAAUGACGGAAUACCAAGGCAUGAAUUACACUAUUCUCCACACUGAGUUCUACCGAGAGCGCGCGCAGCCCGGAAUGCUGGUCGUCGGCUCGGACUCACACACGUGUUCGUCAGGAGCACUAGGCUGUCUCGCAAUUGGGCUGGGUGCUGCAGAUGUCGCUUUACCGUUGGUGACUGGAGAAACAUGGUUCCGAGUCCCAGAAACCAUCAACAUACGCCUGGUUGGAGCACCGAAGCCAGGGAUUGGGGGUAAAGAUGUCAUUUUGUACAUCUUGCAAGUGCUCAAAAGAAAUACUAUAGCAUCCGAUAGGAUCGUGGAAUUUACAGGCCCGGCACUCAGGCAUUUAUCCCCUGAUACCCGCUUCGCAGUUUCCAACAUGACCACAGAACUUGGUGGCAUCACUGGUAUAUUUAUGCCUGACGACACCACCCACAAGUUCAUUAAUAGACGAAAACUUGCUCGUCACAAAUGCCACACAACGUACUUCAGGCCCGAUGCCGAUGCGGAGUAUGCCGCAGUUCAUGAGAUCGAUCUCACGCAUGUGGGGUCUUUUAUCGCACGGUAUCCCAACCCGGAUGACGUGGUUCCAAUUACGGAAGAAGAGGGAAUGGAGUUGAAUGGAUGUUUUAUCGGGGCAUGCACUACUACCGAGGAAGAUCUGAUCCUCGGUGCUCUAGUAAUAGAGCAAGCAAUGAAAAGAGGAUCAAAGCCUACCGCAAAGGGGAAGAGGAAGGUCGUUCCCGGUUCCAUGCCAAUACUGUAUCGCUUACGCGAACUGGGGUUAUGCGAUAUAUACGAAGACGCAGGAUUUGAGAUCGGCAUCCCCGGGUGCAGUUAUUGUGUCGGGAUGUCAGCCGAUCAGGCCGCCCCAGGAGAGGUCUGGAUUUCCUCUCAGAAUCGGAAUUUCGAAAACCGGAUGGGCAAAGGUUCAAUUGGUCACCUCGCCUCUGCAGCCACUGUCGCAGCGUCGUCAUUUGGAAUGAAGCUAGUUGAUCCUAGUGACCUACUUGCUGCAAUAGAUUUAAGUAGAUGGCGGCAGCUCACAGCAGCAAGCAUGCACUCGGAUGCAACUAGCCCAAAGAGCGACCUGAUAUAUGUUGAGCCAUGUGAUUGUGACUAUCAUAGGGCCGGUGCCCAGACGCAGAAACGAAUAGUGAAACCGCGGCUAGAUAAACACGGAAGGAGACAGAUAAAAAGCGUUCAAGGCAAAGUACAGAGACUGGGGGAUUUCGUCAACACGGAUGCAGUGCGUGUUUAUUCUUUCAUCUAUGUUCGUGAAGUGCCAGAGCUAAUGGUAGUCUUCAAGCUCGCCCCUGCCGAGUUUCUAAUUAGCAUGAAAAAUAAUACGGACGCUGGCAUGCGCUGUCUGGUACAUACGCAUCCAAAAUUCCGCGAACGUGCUCAGCAGGGGUUCAAUAUUGUUGUUGGUGGCAAGGGCUUUGGUUGCGGGUCUUCACGCGAACAAGCAGUGAUGGCAUUACUAGGCAAGUCAAGUCCAACAAGGGGGCUUUUUUCCAAGAAACCAUUCGACGAAUCAGACAUUUUUGACCAGAGUUUCUUUCAGGGUGCGGUGUCCAGCAUCACGAUGGAAGAUGAGUCCUUCUUUCAACUUGCGGAUGAUGGAGUGUCAAUUUCCAUCGAUUUAAAUUCACGAAUAAUUGAUGUCGCUGGAAAGACGUUCGGGUUCAAGCUCAGCCAAACGGAAACCGAGAUCUUCCAAUUUGGUGGGAUUGCUUCGGCUUUUGGGGUAUUCGGAAACAAGCUGCUCGAGGCAAUAACCCCAGCCAAAUUGCCUCCAGGGUCUAAGCAGGAGGAAGCAGAGCAGCCGGAUAAACGACUACAAUGGUAA